AUGUCCACCAAAGGAACAACAAUAAAAGAAGCUCUAGCAGCAUGGGAGACGAAAAUGGGAGAAAAAGCUGCCGAAGCGGAGGAGAUAAAGUUGAUUUGUCAGAUUCCCUCAAUUGAGAAGAUGGAUGCCUCCCUCUCUACCCUAAACAACUGCAAGAAACUGUCGCUUUCUACUAACGCUAUUGAGAAAAUCACAAACUUGAACGGGCUGAAAUCUCUGAAGAUUCUGUCGCUUGGUCGAAAUAACGUUAAGAGUUUCAGUGGGUUAGAACCUGUGGGGGACACGCUCGAAGAACUCUGGAUCAGCUACAACUUGAUCGAGAAAAUGAAAGGAAUCGGAGUACUGAAGAAACUGAAGGUACUCUUCAUGUCCAAUAACCAAGUUAAGGAUUGGUCGGAAGUACAGAAAUUAGCCGAGUUGCCGUGUUUGGUGGAUCUGAACAUGGUGAGCAACCCGAUUGAGGAGAAACACUCCCUGGACCAAACCUGGAGGGCGGAGAUCGAGAAGAAACUGGUGAAACUGAAGAAGUUGGACGGUAUCCCAAUUGUCAGACAGGAUGAGGAAGAUGAGGGAUAAAUUAAGUGUUGAGAUGUGGAGACUUGAAGGGAGACUGUUGAAACUUGUGUUAUGGUCCUGGAUUCAAGAAAUUUUGGGUAGUUUUUUUCAAUAAUCGGGCUGUUCAAUGAUUUGCAGAUUUAAUCCAGUUUUUCACAGUUAAAUUAUACCUUUUGGGCGUUUUGAGGACAUGCACUAUUUCGAUGGCCACCUGUUGUAAUUGAAAGCAAGAAAAAUAUGCUUACAAUUGUUUUUAUUUAUAUAUAGAUCUGUACAUAAUACGAUAAUAUAAUGUUUUCAUAUUUAA